UUGUGCUAUUAUUUCACGAUUUUAGACUUUCUAUUAGAAAUACAACACAAAUCGCAUGUUUACUGAUGAAACUAAGAUUUAAGUGUUAAAUUAUGCUUUUUUCUAUUACUAAGAUUAUAUAUACAUGACAAAGAUUUAAUGUACAAAGUAAUAUAUUUAAUGGGGUAUCGUUUUAGUAGUUCAAAAUGUCUUACUAUCUGCCUCGGUUUAACUUUCAUCAUGGGAUGCUUUUUGGCAUCUUUACCCAUACAAUUCGAUUUAGCAGCAUUACCUAAGCCGGUAAGACAUCAAAUUUCGUCGGAAUUUCCACCAAAAAAGCGCCUAGCACUAAUAGUCCCAUUCCGGGACCGCUUCGAGGAGCUUCUGGAGUUUGUUCCACACAUGCACAAGUUUUUGAACAAGCAGAAAAUACCAUUUCACAUCUUCAUAAUUCAACAAGCAGAUAGCAACAGAUUUAACCGAGCGUCGUUGAUAAAUGUUGGGUUUUUAUUGACAAGAAACGAUUACGAUUAUAUUGCGAUGCACGAUGUUGACUUAUUGCCAAUGAAUGACGAUUUAAAGUAUGAUUAUCCCGACAAAGCACCUAUACAUAUUUCAUCGCCAGAGACUCACCCAAAAUAUCACUAUGAUACAUUUAUAGGUGGUAUAUUAUUAAUAAAAAAUGAGCAUUUUGAGUUAGUAAAUGGCAUGUCCAACAACUAUUGGGGUUGGGGGUUGGAAGAUGAUGAGUUUUAUGUGAGAUUAAAAGAUGCAGGGCUGAACGUGAACAGGCCGGACAAUAUUAAAACUGGUCCAGAGAAAACUUUCAAGCACCUUCACAAUAAAAUGUACCGCAAACGGGACAUGAGGAAGUGUUACAACCAGCGGGAGGUGACCCGCCGCAGGGAUCGGGUCACAGGGCUCCAUGACGUCUCAUACGUGUUGACAGGACAGAGGCAGCUCACGAUAGACACUCUGCCUCUGACCGUACACAAUGUGCAGUUGAUAUGCAACGUUAACGUAACACCUUGGUGCCGGUGUCCGGAGCCACAGAAACCAAGUAAAUCUUAAACCGGUUUACCAAAUAUUCCACCAUUACGAGAAAGCGGAGGAUGUCGAUUGCUGUGAGGAACCUGGUUCGCAGUACUGACUUUUAUGGAUUGAGUUUUCUAUCAAUAGUCAAUUAAAAGUGAACUAUUUGAGUAAAUCUUAGACCAAUGUUAGCAAAUUUGUGAUCCAAUGUGAGCUACAAAACUACUGAAUAAUGAGGGGCGUCACCCCUUUCCAGAUUAUGGAAACAGUCUCCUAACUAUACUUUAUUGAACUAUGAAACAAAAAUUUUAGUAAAUCUUACCUAUACCUAAGACCAAAGUUAGCAAAUACUCCACCAUAUUUAUUCUAAGUAACUUUUAAUACAAGAUUUCAGGACUAGUAAAAUCUGUUAUAGUACGACAUAGCACAUCAAACUGGUACAACAUGUCUUGCCAUGUUUGCGUCUCUCCGGUCAACUGACAGGAGAGAGGCAGGUCACGUGAUGGGAAUGUUAAAAAAAAUCGUUUAUUUCUUUUACAACAAAGUGUACAAAGAUACAUUGUUAGGACUCUCUAGUAAGCAAAAAAUGCUUGUGUCAGAGAUCCCUUACUCUUUCUUAACAUACAUUACUAACACUUGUUGAUAAUAAUACAAAAUAAAAGUUAAGUGCCGUGGUGCAAGUGCCGUAUAAACCUAAAGGCGCCGGGACACGAAAAUUCCCAGUUUAGGAUGUAAAUGUCUUCUGCAAAAUGUACAUUUUUGGCGAGUGCUCAUUUUGAAUAGUGCACUACAUUUUUGGCCAGUGUCACACCACUUAUUUUUCAGUGCAGCUAUUUGUUAUACAAAUUUAAACCGCGUCUUCGUUUGCGUAAAAUGUCCUUGUUUUCCAUUCCCUUGGGAAUUUUUGGAGUAUUAUAUUUACUCAGGAAAAUUUUUAAUUUUAUUUAUCUUUCUAGAACAAUUUUAAUUAAGUCGAAUUAUGCGCCAUUGAACUGCCACUAUUUUAUAUCAACUUAUUUAAGUACUAUACUCAGAUAUUAUACAUUAAUUUAUUUAUGUAGACAAGAAUAAAGAGAAAGUAACCUAGUCUUAUUUUAAUUUAAUUUUGCAAGUACUAUGUUUAACGACUUAAUGAUUUGAAUGGGAAUGUUAUGUAAAUAAAAC